AUGCACGCUCAGUGGAACUUUGUGCUGAAGGUUGCAGCUCCUACCAUGUCGGUCAAGACUGGCCCAGGCACUCUAGUUACUUGGAAGGCGGAAGGGAAGGAGUUACCUGAGCAAGGUAUGAGCCACCCAGAGGCAGCCUGGGCCGCCAUUCACCUCGGGGAGGAGGAGCUGGCGUCCGGACCCACCUGGAUCGAGAGGAAAAGAGCCCGGAGCCGGCCAGGUGAGCCCGCCCAGCUCACCUCCGAAGAGCAGCUGAGCGGGCUGCCGAGCGCGCUGCGCCACCCGGCCAACGAGUGCGCCCCCUACCAGCUCAGCGCGGCCGGCCUGCCCAUCGCGCCCUGCGGCGCCAUCGCCAACAGCCUCUUCAACGACUCCUUCUCCCUGUGGCACCAGCGCCGGGCCGGCGGGCCCUACGUCGAGGUGCCGCUCGACCGCACCGGCAUCGCCUGGUGGACCGACUACCACGUCAAGUUCCGCAAUCCGCCGCUGGUGAAUGGCAGCCUGGCGCUGGCCUUCCAGGGCACAGCGCCCCCGCCCAACUGGCACCGGCCGGUCUACGAGCUCAGCACCGAUCCCAACAACACCGGCUUCAUCAACCAGGACUUCGUGGUGUGGAUGCGCACGGCGGCGCUGCCCACGUUCCGCAAGCUGUACGCGCGCAUCCGCCAGGGCAACUACUCUGCCGGGCUGCCGCGGGGCGCCUACCGCGUCAACAUCACCUACAACUACCCGGUGCGCGCCUUCGGCGGCCACAAGCGCAUCAUCUUCAGCAGCAUCUCGUGGAUGGGCGGCAAGAACCCGUUCCUGGGCAUCGCCUACCUGGUGGUCGGCUCCCUCUGCAUCCUCAUGGGCUUUGUCAUGCUGGUCGUCUACAUUCGCUACCAGGACCAGAACGACGAGGACGAGGAGUAAUUCUUGCUUUCAGAGUAUCCUUUCUGCUUCUUGCCAAAAUUGUCUUGCAAGCUUCUUUUGGCUUCUCCCUCUCGACCCUCACCCAGUUCCAACCUUGCCUCACUUCGCCUCCUGUUGUGGAUUAGGGGACCAGGGAGAGGGGAGUUAAACCCAACUGGGAGCUUCUGGACUCUUCCGGGGUGUUCGGACUGCUAGAGUGAGAAGUCCCUGCAAAUUCUCCCCACGGCCUUCAGGAUUUACCGAGUUGACACCCUAGGUUCUUUGAGAGCAGAAGGGACGGUUAGAGACUCCUCUUAUUCAAUUCCCGUCUGAUAGACAGACCAGAGAAGUUAAAGAUCUCGUUAGAGAUCUAGCAGCUACUCCUUAGCUCCUGAUUCUAGAGCUUUAACCACCACAGCACAGUGGUUUUCUUUUCUUUUAGCGGGCGUUGGGGGUGGGGGCGGUUUGAGGUAGAGAGUGAAGCCCCCAAGUAACCUGCAGAGGUAUAGAGGGGUUGGGGAGGACAUACUGGUUAAAAAUGUUAGGUAGAUGAGGAGGCCUCAUCCCCAGAGAUUCUAACACAGCAAGGCUGCAGUGAGAUCCUCCAAGCUGCAGUUUUAAGAGACCCAUCUGCAGAUUUCCACUGUAUUGCCUCAAGUUUGGGAAUCAGUGCCCUGAACCAGGGAGCAAGUAGAACACUGCCUGCUUCCCAGUUUCCUCGUGUGUCUGAGGCUGGGCCUGAAGCAAUCACUGCGUCCAGUUUUUCAGGUAGUCAUUUGUUCCCAGUGGCAAUGACAAGCUGAAUGCUGUAAGUUUGGUCUAGCACUUCUCCAUGAAUGAGUAAAGACAGCUCCUUGGCAUACAGAUUUGUAUAGUGGGGUUUGUAUCAAUUCAUCUGAUAUUUGAGUGUGAGGAAUUUACAUUUAUAUAUAUAUAUUUUUUAAUCAAGUACUGUGUAGAAGUUUGAAAAUGCCAGGUCAGUUUGUAUAGCUCAGAGGGGAUGUUCUAACCUUAGAAUAAGAUAGCCAGAAGGGAUCUUAAAGCGAAAGUGAUUUCCCUAAAGUCAUAUCUACAUCUCCUGACUCAGUCCUCUGUCAUCUAAAUGAUUUUUUUAUGCUUAGAAAGGGCUACAUUUGUACCUUUCCCCUUGGGUCUAAGAAAAAAAUUUAAUCUAUGUUCUCAAAUGAAGCAUGUUUGUCUGUAGUAAUAUGUUUGAAUGCAUACGAAGGAAUAGAGCCUUACGUAAACUAGAACUUUAAGAAUUAUUUGAACCUUUGAAAUGAUGCUCAACUCUGACUACUCUAGAAUCAUUCUAAUAUCUAUAAAGUUAUUCUAAGAAAAUGGACUUUUAUGAGAAAGUAACUCAAAAAAGUGAGAUCAUCUUAACCAGUUUAUUUACUGAAAGCAAACAGUUACUUGGUUUUCUAUCGGAAUUCUCGGUGCCUGUUUUCUAUUAUGGCUACUUCCCAAAUGCUACAAUUUUUGCUCAUGCCUGUGAAGCAGUGCAAGACCUUGAAUUCCUUUUUUUUUAAGUUGUCAAAAAUAUUGAACUGUAUUGAAUAAUUGACUUUCAUUUUAUUUUACUCUAUUCUAGUCCUUUGAAAAUUAAUAAUCAAUAGACAGCAGGCAUAUUCACCAAAGUCUGUCUCGGAUCUUUUGGAGCAGUUGUGAUUGAAGGGAUUCUGCCCCACAAAACAAAAAAUGUUUCAUAAUUCCAGUCUAUUGGCUUCCCAACUCUUGAAUGUGACACAAUUUUAUUGUUAGACUUCGUACUGUGGUUUUAGCCUAUGAAUAUAUGAUCAUAUGUAUAUAGAGUAAUUUUUAUUUAUUAUGAAUGUUUGAUUGAGCAGCUCACUAGCCUAGUCCUUCUUUAUGAUGGAUAAGAAAAUUUACCACAUUUUUUUACUACGUAGUUGAGAGCAACCAUGAUUUUCGCUAUCAUUUUUACAAUAUUAAUUCUAUUGCUGGAAAAUUUUAAAUGAGACUACAAAACUGAAGGUAUUCUGAUUAAAUCAAUGAGUACAGUUCCAGGCUCUGUUCUCUGGGUUUUUGAAAGAGAAUAAAGGUUAUGUUUGCAUUUCC